GUGUUUUAGUUAAUAAUAGCAGCAAAAGUAUCAAAGGCCAAAUAUUUGCUCAACAAUUUUAAUACUGGAUUUAAAGGAUUAACAAAUUUGCAAAAAUUCACAUAAACACAGCAACACACACACUCCCAUACAUACGGAUAUUUUUCACGGUUUGCGAUUUUGUUAAAUGAUGGCAAAAGAUGGCGGCUAAACCACCAAAGCCGCCAGGAAAUUUUUUAAAAUCAUUACUAAAUCAACACAAUAAUAAUAAAAAUCAACAACAGCAACUGCAACACAACAACGAAGACGACGAUAUAAUAGAAAGCAGCAGUAGUGGACAAGCCAUAACUUCUACAGAAACAAUAAAAAAUCCCGCAUAUUGUAACGCAGCAAUAACGCCGGCUAUAGAAGCCACCGCAAAGAGAACAAAUUGUAAUUGUAGCAAUAUUAGUAUAAUGCACUUAUUUCAUGAAAUGAAACAAGAAUUUCCCACUAUACCGGAUACGAUUGUAGCUCAAUGUGUUAAUGAGAAUUGUCACCAACGUGAGAAUUGCAUACAAAUGUUAAGGAAUGAAUUGGAAUUGAAUCCAAUACCGGCUCAAAGUUAUCCUGCCAAAGUUUUACAUCCACCAAAUAAUAACAAUACGACUAAUCAUAUUAAUAAUAGUAAUAAUAAUAAUAAUAGCGGUAAUACAACGACACUACAAAAGCCACCAUUACAGCAAAAACCGAUUGUAGUGCAGCAAAAACCACCAUUGAAACCGAUAAAACCCAUACGUACAGCACCAUUACAACCACCAUCAUCAUCAUCAUCAUCAGCUGUACAGCAAAGUAAUAAUAAUUGUGCAAAAACAAAUGCAAUAUUUGCUAAAAAUACCAAGACAACAAAUAAACAGUUAGCUGGUGGUGAAGAUAUAGCUAAUAAUGAAGGUGGUAGUGGUGGCGGUGGCGGUGGAGGUCCGGGGGGCCAACUUGAGUCAAAUGAUAUGCCCACAAAAAUUACACCACAAUAUAAACAAUCGAUAGCAACGAGUACCGUUAAUUCAACAACAACAACAGCAGCAACAGCAACUGAGGUGAAUAAUAAUGAUAACGUUUGUGUUGGAGAGCCAGUUGAGAGAAAUUUACCACGACAGAGACCCACCACUCUCAAUUUGAAUACGCAAUUGCAAAAACAGCAGCAACAGCAGAGACAACGUUUAAAUGUACAAUUGCAGCAACGUUUUCAAGAACAACGAAAUAGACAACAACAACAGCAACAUCAGCAACAACCACAAAAUCCUACAAUCAUAACAAAACCCCUACGUAAAGCACCCCUACCCCCCAUUGCCCCAAAACCCUCACACUAUCAACUCACCAAUCACACUAAUACCAACACUAAUGCUGUUAACAGCGGCUUUUUAAAUGAUUCUCUCUCAUCGCCAAAUCACACAACGACAACAACGACGACGAGUCCCCUAUCGGAAUCGGAAAUUUCUGUUAGUGUAUCAUUAUCGACACCUUCGCCCACAUCGCCUAAUACCACAACAACUCACCGUCAUCCACAGCAACAACAUUUGCAAACAAAAUCACCCAUUCGCCAUCGUUCAGUCAUUACUUUACAACCAGAGCCACCAUACACGCGUGAUUUUCUUUUUACGCCUGCCUUAAUAACAUCGUCGACGACACCUUCAUCGCCCUCUUUGGCAGCGCCUCCCAACACAACAGCACUACAAACAACAGCAAAUUCUUCUUCGUCGGCCAACUCUUCGCCCACAGCCUCUGUGGCCGGUUCACAAAAAAGUUACACUUCAGUUAAUCUCACAUUGCGACCGCCUGUCUCACCAACCAGUGCGAAUCCAGCUCUACAACCCUCCACCAUUGAUAUAACAGCUGGGCCGGGGUUUUCGGGAGCCAGUGGCGGUGGCAAAAGUCUUCACUAUUCCAGUACAUCGUAUGAUGCUCGUUUGGGCUAUCAGCAAAACUUUCAAAUAACCGUUACCGACGAGGGUGGUGUAUUCAGUGCUUGUCGCUUACGUCCCCAACAACAACAGCAACACCAGCAGCAGCAACAACGUUGUCUCAAUCAACAGCAAUUGCAACUGCAACAGCAAUUUCACAAUAAUAACGUGGUGGCCUUACAGCAAAACAUACAGAAUAGUAUACAAUCGCCUCACGGUGUGGGGUCGAUUAAUACAUCAUCUGGUUUUGGCGGCAGUGGUGGCAUAAGCGGCAAUAUGUGUUUACCACCUGAUCAGGCAGUGGAUGCUCCCACCCAGGAAAUCUUGCAGCGCCAAAAGAAAAAACGUGAUAAAUUGGCAGCUGCCCUGCGUGAAUACAAAAAACGUUUCGGCAAUGUGGAACAAGAAAUAAAUUUACUAACUGGCACGAUACCCACAGAGGGUCUGUCCGAAAGACUGGAUGAGGAAAUAACAAAACUGAGGAGAGAUUGUAACGACAUGCUUAGAAGUAGUAACUCUUUUACACAAGCGCCAUCACAACAGGAAUUAGCAAUAAAUCAUCAGCCCCAACAGCCACAACCUCAACCAUUCCCACGACAAAGGCUAACACAAAGGCCGUUGCCCAGGCCACCACCACCACGUCAAACUAGUCUAGAUAUAAUACAACAUCACAGUCCAUCAUCCACGCCCCAUACACCACCUGCCGCCUCAUUACCCAAUCUAAAUAUAUAUAAUUCACCACAACAACAACAUCAGCAGCAGCAGCAACAACAACUAAUUCACACAAACUCACCCACAUACUUACAUCAGCAAUCAGAGCCCCUGAUAAACAACAAUACUACAUUGUAUACAGAUCACAGUUACUAUGGUGAUCAGGAGGAACCUCUGGUUAACGAUGACGACGGCGAGUAUGAAGAAAUAGUCGAACCACAAUGGGAGUGCAAUAUGUGUACAUUCCGUAAUCAUCCACAAUUGAAUAUUUGUGAAACUUGUGACAACGUUAGACCUGGUAUGCUAACAAAUUUAUCUCGUGCUCUAUCUGCCACAAAUUGUACUACUAAUACAGCUGCUGCACCAGCCGGAGCAGCCGCCUCGUCCUCUGCCUCAGCCUCUAACUUGGGCCUUUUAGGGGGCGCUAGCGGUGGCGGCUCCAAUAAUGCCCUUAAUAAUAGCAAUAGCAGCAGCAGAAGUGGCUUAAACACUGCUAAUGGAAAUUUAGAGCAUGAUUUGGUGCAACAACAGUUACAGCAUUUUGCUUUGCAUACCUAAUACAAUUCAAUUCUAUACUAAAAUAUUGUUAAUUUUAUUUUACAUAUUUGCAAUAUACAUAUAACGAUAAUAAUAUCCUAGAAA